AUGGAGAAAACAUCGGAUGUUGAGCCUUCGCAGAUUCGAAUUGGAGUCGUUGGUUUAGGAUUGAUGGGUAGCAGUAUUACUACCUGUCUUCUAAUCGCUGGUCAUUCAGUUGUAGCCAUCGCACCAUUACACGUCGAUCUCGAAACAGCUGAGACCCGUAUUCGUGAUCAUCUGACACACUCAUUCGAGCACGAGAUUUGCUCCGAACAACCUGAAUUUUACUGGAAAAAGUUGACUAUCACUGAAGAUUACAGCCUUCUCAAAGAUGUGCUCGUGGUCAUUGAAUGCACUCUAGAAGAUAUGACAAUUAAAAAACAAGUCUAUGAACGUAUUGAAAAUGUGGUUAGCGAUCAAACCAUUAUAACUAGCAAUACAUCAGCUAUUCCGAUAAGUCUCCUUCAAAAAGAAACCCGAGUUCCUGAUCGAUUUCUCGGAUUACACUGGGCUGAACCAUCUCAUACUACACGAUUUUUAGAGAUCAUUUGCGGUGACAAGUCCAACCAAGAAAAGGCGGAAUGGUUGUAUAAAUUAUCCCAUUAUUGGGCAAAAGAGCCAACACUUGUACGGAAAGAUAUCCGUGGUUUUAUAACCAAUCGUCUUAUGUAUGCUCUAUAUCGUGAAGCUUUUCAUCUGGUUGAAAAUGGUUAUGCUACAGUUGAUGAUGUCGACCGUGCAUGCCGAAAUAACGCCGGUUAUUGGAUGACAUUAGUUGGAUGUUUUCGAUGGAUGGAUCUUACUGGUGUACCGGCUUACCAUGCAGUUAUGAAAGAUCUAUUUCCAACACUUCAUAACGGAACUGAAGUACCUAAAUUGAUUGACGAUCUUGUCAAUGAUGGUGGUAAAGGAAUUUCCAACGCUCAUGGUUUUUAUAAAUAUACACCAGAAGAAGCUCAAUUAUGGCGGGAAACUUUCGAAGAAUUCAGUUAUGAAGUACGCCGAUUAGCAUUGAAAUAUCCUGUUGAUAUCGUGAAAAAGAAAUUAGAAAGCAAAAAGAGUCCAGACUAA